CUUCGCCCAACCCCGGGACGCCCCUCCCUCGGCGCCUCAGCCUCCAAUCCUUGCCUCCGCCCCCUCCCCUCCCGGCGGGGCUCCCUGUUGGCCCCGCCCCCGUCCUCCUCCCUCGCUGUCCUCGCCGCGCGCUCCCGGGCUUCCAAGGGGGCUGCCCGGGCGGGGCGGCGGCUGUGGCGGUGCUGGAAGGGGGAGGAGAGUCGCCCGCCACCGGAGCAGUUUCAGCCGGCGGCGGCUGAGCGGGCCGCGCGGCGUGAGAGAGGCGGGCUCGCCCCCCUCGUGCGGCCGGAGCAAAGCCUUUUGUUCCCAGCAAGAAGUUUGCAUGCCGGGACCGUGACAGCUGCGGGCGGGGAGGACGGCCGCAGGGCCGGCGGCGUGGUGGAGAAAAGAGGCGACUGCUUGUCAUGCAGCCCACGACGUAGCGGCUGGGGGUCGGGAACCUGGGAGGCGGCACCCACAGGACACGGGACUCCGCUGCCCUAGGGACAAACUAACUUCCUGAGUGCGAGACUGGAGGCCAGCGCGUCCGGAGCCACCUGCAAGGCUGCGGUGAGGCGACCCUGGCCCUCCGGGCAUGAGGCAUGGCGCGGGUUUGCGGGGCGGUGCUGAGUGAGUCCUUCACUGCCCCUUGGCCGCUGCCGCAGCCUGCCCGCCUUCUGAAAGGCCCAGAGAGGGCCUCCUCUCUCCUUGUUUUGCGGCCACGAUACAGUGUUGGCUUGGAAGCCACAACAAUGCCAUGAUGUUUUGGAGACAGGAAGCCCCAAGCUGGCCCCGAAUGAAGGACUUCCUGUGUUUAAAGUUGCAGGAAUAUCCGCUGACCAGCCCUGUUCAAAUGCAAACACCCCAACUAGAGAGGACGAAUGGCUAAUUCAGACCAGCUGGACUCUUCAGGGCUGAACACAGGAUAAAAUGAAAGGAAUUCUUAGGAGCUUGGACCAUACUUGAAGGCUAGAGAGGGUGUGCCAUUGUUAUUAAAGGACAUACUUGAUACAAAUUUUCUGCUUUCUACUCGGUUUCGGUGAGAAUUGAGUGAAACUAGAUACCGAAUGAGACUUGUCAAUAUCAAAUGUUUUUUGCUGACCGAAUUUGAAAAGGCAGUGCUCUUUCAAAAAGUAAAACCAGAAGCCAUACAAGUAAUUAUUUUAUGCUUGUUGAUUAAAUAAUAUCAUUUGUCUGCCUGCAGUUAUGAGGCUUCUAGCCUGUGAGGAAAAACCUGUUUGUCUUAGAGUUUCUCCCAAAAUGGUUUCAAAUUGGAACUACCAGAUAUUUCUGAAAGGCAGAUGCAAUUGGUGGUUUAGAGUAUAAACAUGUAAGAGACAACUCGUGUAGAAUGUAUUUUGGGAGAACCUGUGGGAGAAAAAAACUUGUGAAAGAUUGAUGGUUCAUUUUUAUUGAAAAAGUAUGGGUAAGCCACUUAGCAGGCCAGACUGUUUAAGGCGGAACCCCACCUGCCUGGGGAAAGGGGAAGAGGAAGAUGGCUAUAUAGAAGAUUGCUAUGUUCCACAGCGCUCUAUAUAUGAUACCAUGAGGAUAAAUGAACAGAUUGACCAGGGGUCAAAACUUAAUCAGACUUCCAAAAGCACCAUGGAGAAGAUGGAAGGAAGUACCAUAUCCAGCAACGGUACAUUAGGAGCAUCAUCUAAUGUUUUUGAAUCUAGAGUGCCAGAAGGCAAGAAACUGGAUGAGAGAAUAAUAUUUGAUGCAUUAAAACUAAGCAGUGAUGUGCAGAAGUCAGCUCCUGUGCCACCCAGACGUCGGCCAAAUGCAGAGCGCAAAGAUAACGUUAACAGGAGGUCAUGGAAGUCCUUCAUGCCACCCAACUUCCCAGAAUUCGCAGAAAGGAUGGAGGCUUCUCUCAGUGAAGUCUCAGAAGCUGGUGCUUCAAAUCCUUCCUUACAAGAGAAAAAGGUAUCCAGUUCUGCAUUGACAGAAAGUUCUGGUCACUUUGACCACAGGGAACCUCAAUCUGAGUCUGUAACUUUGGAACACAUGUCCAAAUCUGUAGAUAUUCCAGAAGUGCAAGAUGGAAAAAACUUGCAAGACUGCCAGGAUUUGAGAUUCCAACUGCACAGUGAGAGCUCUCCACAUGAAUUCCAGCCUCUGGAGUCAAAAGCUACAGCAGCAAGUGGUAACUCCGAUGAAAUGCAGGAACACAGAUUCUCAAGUGCAACCUGGCCUAGGGCCAUGAAAACUUCUAAGGGAGGCUUCAGUGAGAAGCAGCUCCCCCUUGGGGACACUGCCUGCACUGUGGAACUGCCACCUCUCUCUCCUUGCCUGAGUGAAGAGCUGGUGGAUCCAGAAAUACAUAGUCUUAUAACACCUAACCUGAGAGAAAAAACAGAGUCUGAGUUAAAAUUUGAGGAGGAUGAGCGAUGGAUCAUGAUGGAGGCUGAGGAGGAAUGGGAAGAAGAGAAAUUGUCGGAGAAAAGAGAGAGCUUGACGGGGAUUUUUGAAGAAAGAGAAGCAAACACAGUAGCGGUGGUCGAGAGUGGAUCUGAUUGCUCAUCCGCCUUGGGAACUUCUGACCUUCUAGCUCUUCCUCAGAUUUAUUGCUCUGAUGACCUGCAGCCAACUAGAGACCACCUUGCUUCUGUUCCCAAGGGUACAUCCCCUAACUGCCCCUGUGUGCCUAUAGGCAAAGAUGUUAUUAGUGAAAUGAAAAACAGAACUGCUCAGGGCCUAGAGGAUCUGAUCUCAGGGUUCCAGAGCCCUACCGAAGCUGAGCAACUCUCUGACACAGAUUCUGUGCAAAUGUUUCUUGAACUUGAGAAGGAAUGUUUAUGUGAGGAGGGAGUAACUUCUUCAGUUGAGCUGCUGAGUCAAGCCUCUUCGGAAGGACUGGCCCCAUCCCAGGAUGCAGAAGAUUCUCUUUUAAUUAGUCAUUUUCCAGGAGCUGCCUUAGAAAAGGAACAGCAUGUGGAUCUUGUAAGGAUAAAGGACCAUGAUACAGGAUUAGAUGGUGAAUAUUGUAAUGACCUGGAUUCUUCUCAGGUGCCUAAAGCUGUUGAACUUAGUACUCACCCUGAUAGCAGGAGGGAUACUUUCACUGUUAGCAAGGAGUGUGAAAAAGUGCCUUUCAGCCCCAAGAUUGGUGGGGAAUUUAAGUCUCUGGCUGAUCUGGAGCCGCUUGGAGAGCUGGACACAGGAGAAUUGCUGAACUCUAAUCCCAGAGCCUCUUGUGAAGAAAAACUACCAAUCUUUAUUGUUUCUGAGCUAGCCAAAGAAAAUGGCAAUUUGUCCCAGGUAGACUGCAGUCAGACUAAGGGGAAUGUGGAGGUGUAUAUGGAAAAGAUGCCUCUCAGUUUUGCUUCCAACUACGAACAAGAUGUUACCUCAGGACCUGAAGAAGAGGUGUUAUCAUCUGAUUCAAAUUUAUUAACAGAUGAGAUUCAUUUAAAAGGUGGGAAAGGAGCUAUAAUUAGUCCAGAAAACAACAAUCCAACAUCAUUGGAAAAUGUAGACCCUUGUGAGUUGUCCAUGAAGGAAGUUUGUGAUAAAGACAGCAAAACAAAAGAGCUAGAUUGUCGAGUGAAGCUUUUAGAGGCUGGAGCUCCAGUAUGUUUUCUUAGAGACUUACAGAGGAAGUCUCCAGAGUCAGAGGUUCUGAGUCUAAGUCUGCCUCUGCUGGCUGGAGAAGUGUGGUGUAAUAGAGCUGCAACAGAAGCCAUGAAUGAUAGAGAACCUGAGCUGGGAAUGGCGUCAUCACACGAAGGGGAGAUGGGAAUGAGAGACUUAGAUUCAACCCUGAACAUCUUUCCAGAAGAACAAAUCACCAAAGCCAAUAACACUGUACCAGGUUUAGAGGAAUGGAUAUCCGGCCAACAGGGGCCUGCCCCAGCUGCUAUAGUACCCAUGAUAGACGAUGUCCUGGAUGCUGUAGUACCCAUGCCAGGACCAGCAGAGGCUAUCCCAGCUGUAGCAGUGCCUGCCCUGGAGGGCCCUGCUACCAAAGCCUCUGCCUCAGAGGGACCUGCUGUGGCUGCUCCAAUAGUGUCUUUCCCCAAGGAGGAUAUCCCAGUUGCCUCAGUGGUCAUCUUAGAGGAGGAUGUUACAGCUAACAUGUUAUCAGCCCCAGAACAGGCUGCCACUUCAUCUGGUGCAGUGCCCUUCAGAGAUGAGGAUGUUACCUCAGAGGAGCCUGACCCUCAGGCUGCUGCAGUGUUUCUCCCAGAGGAGCCUGCUGUAACAACCCUUUCAGGGCCCACCUCAGAGAAACCCAGUGCUCCAGCAGUUGUUGUGUCUGCUGCAGAGGAGCCUGGCACUCCUCCUCCGGCAGAGCCUGUGCUCGAGGAGGCUGCCGCCCUAGCUCUUGAACCUACCCCAGAGAAGCCUGAUAUUCAAAUGGUUAGUGUGUCCAUCCCAGGAUGGUCUGUCACUCCAGCUCCUGCAGUGCCUGCCAUGAAGGAAAUGUUCUCUCCUGGUGGCCCUUUCCUGGGAGGAACUACCCACACUGAUUCAGUGCCCAUUGCAGAAGAAACUCCUGUUCCUGAGGCUGCUUCCUCCCCCGGAAUGUGGAUCAAGGAGGAUCUUGAUUCUUCAGCAUUUGGAAUAAAAGAGGUGCCUGACCCAGUGCUACAUGGGAAAGUGCCUCUGGCUACAACUGAUGGAUUAGAUUCACAUGAGGUAAUUGCUGCUCAUUUCAUUGGCAGGAAGGGCCGAGGGAAUAAAGUGAGAAUUGCCAGUUCUCUCACUUGGUGGUAACUAGUAAUGGCAGAAGUCAUUUGUUAAUUCUGUGCCCUGGGCUGGAGUUUCUAGAUUUUCUGUUGAGUUUAGAGGGAAAAUGUAUCUUAAUUUUCUCUGGUAUGAAAUUUUGUUCAUUUUUUUUCUUACAUAUGUUGGAGCCCAAAGGAACACAAUU